GGAGGGCGGGGCGAAGGGCAGGCUGGGAGAGGAGGCGAGUGGCGCCUGCGCGCGUGCGCGGUAGAGAGCUCACGGGCUGGGUGGCUGUGGCCGGCAGGGCCCCAGCGAUUUGACAGAAAAUGCAGGACCCCAACGCAGACACCGAGUGGAAUGACAUCUUACGCAAAAAAGGCAUCUUGCCUUCAAAGGAAGAUUUGAAAGAUCUGGAGAAGGAGGCAGAAGAAGAGGAGCAGCAGAUCCUCCAGCAGUCCAUUGUGAAAACAUAUGAAGACAUGACUUUGGAAGAACUGGAGGAUAAUGAAGACGAAUUUAAUGAGGAAGACGAACGUGCAAUUGAAAUGUACAGGCAGCAAAGACUGGCUGAGUGGAAAGCAACCCAACUGAAGAAUAAGUUUGGAGAGGUUUUGGAAAUCUCAGGAAAGGAUUAUGUUCAAGAAGUUACCAAAGCUGGUGAGGGCUUGUGGGUCAUCCUGCACCUUUACAAACAAGGGAUUCCCCUCUGUGCCCUGAUAAAUCAGCACUUCAGUGCACUUGCCAGGAAGUUUCCUGAUGUCAAGUUUAUCAAAGCCAUUUCAACCACCUGCAUACCCAAUUACCCUGAUAGGAAUCUGCCCACGAUAUUUGUGUACCUUGAAGGUGACAUCAAGGCUCAGUUUAUUGGACCUCUGGUGUUUGGUGGCAUGAACCUGACUUUGGAUGAGUUAGAGUGGAAGUUGUCUGAGUCUGGAGCCAUCAAGACGAGCCUGGAGGAGAACCCCAAGAAGCCCGUGGAAGACGUGCUGCUGUCCGCGGUGCGGUGCUCCGUCCCCGCCAGGAGGGACAGUGAUUCUGAGGAUGACUGAGGCCGUGGCCCUGGUAACCUGCUGAACUUUCCCGAUGUGAUAUAGCAUGAACUUUUUUUAAAAAAGGAAAAAGUAGAAACGUAUACUGUGGUUUUUUAGUCUUUUACAUUACGUUCUGAGUCUCAUAGAUCUCAGAAAUAAUCAUUGCUGGGAAUCCUUUUAAAUUUCUGGGAACUCUUUUUAAAUUAAUAGUAUUUCCUUAAGAAAAAAAUAAAAGCCAGAUAUUAGUUUGGCAGAUGUCUAUGUUUUCCUUGCUUAUAUUUUAGAUCAGCUGUAAAACUAUUCACUAUUCGUUUACAUAAAACUAUUAAAAAAGAAAUACAGGAAAUAUAGAAGUUUUUUUUUAAUAAUGUGAAUAAAUUAUACGGUGGAAAAUGGCAAGCUAAGCUUUGCAUUUAUAUUAUUAUUUCUUUUUAUUCUUUUAUAGAGCUAGCAAUAGGAUUAUUAACUCAAAGGAAUGAGUGCUAGGAAGAAGUCUUAGUAUUUAUCCUGUUUAGAAGAAAUAGGCAAUAAUUUUUGUGAAAUACUGUCUUAUCAAAGUCUAAAAGAUUAGGCUUAUCAAACUAAAAGAUUCCAAUUUACUGCCAUUUGGGGUCAAAUAGUUUUUCUAGUUAAGAUAAUUUUUUUGUUUUCAGGCUGUUGAGAUUUGAGCUAAUCUCAAUUACUGUAAAAGGUGUCACCUGAAACUUUUUUGAAAAUAAAUAGAUAUAAGCACACACAGAGAUA